GUCACAAGCAAAGCAAUCUCCAUCGUGACAACGUACAAGCAGAAGCACAUCAUGGGAUUGGGAACUACCACCGGCACCACCGUACGGAUCGUUUCCGCGCGCAUGGUCCAGCCGCCAAGCGGUGGCGGUGGCACGCCAUCGGAAGACAUCCACCUCACGCCCUGGGACCUUCGUCUGCUCACCAUAUACUACAUACAGAUGGGUAUCGUCCUGCCCAAGCCUCCUGUCGGAGGCAAGAGCUUGGUUGACGCCCUGGCCUCCUCCUUGGCGCGCACCCUCGUCCGGUACUACCACUUUGCCGGCCGGCUGGCCGUCGAGGAGCUCGGCGACGGGACUGUCACCGUCUCUCUGCGAUGCACCGGGGAAGGCGCCGAGCUCGUCCACGCGGAGGCGCCCGGCGUGGCCGUGGCAGACCUGGUGGGCUCGGUGCACACCUCGUCGCCCGUGGACUCUGCCUUCUUCUCGCUGAGCGGCGUGCUUAACGGGGACGCCGCUAUCCAGUCACUCCCUGUGCUGUCUGCGCAGGUGACUGAGCUGGCGGACGGCGUCUUCAUCGCGGUGUCCAUGAACCACUCUGUGGGCGAUGGCACAAACUUCUGGGACUUGUUCAACACAUGGACGGAGAUCCACCGAGGAGGCGAUGUUAACAACACGACGCCAUUACUGCACGGGAGGUGGUUCGUGGAGACGAGUCCUGUGCCGAUCCCCUUGCCGUUGAGCAAACUGCAACACGUCCUCCAGCGGUUCCACCUCCCGCCGGUGCGAGAGGCCUUCUUCACCUUCUCAGCUGCGAGCGUGAAGAAGCUCAAGGCGAGGGCGAACGAGGAGAUGGCCACCAACGCCAUCUCGUCGCUGCAGGCUCUGCUGGCGCACCUUUGGCGGGCAGUGUGCCGGGCCCGGCGCGUUCCAAAGGGGCAGGAGACCUUCUACGUCCUCGUCAUCGGCUGCCGGGGGCGCGUGCACGGCAUCGCGCCAGGCUACGUGGGCAGCGCCCUGGUGGUCGGAAGGGCGGUCUGUGCCGCCGGCGAGGUCCAAGACAAGGGGCUAGGCUGGACGGCCUGGCAGCUGAACCGCACCGUGGCAUCCUUCGACGAGGCCACGUUGAGGGAGUUCCUAGACCGCUGGGUCCGGGAACCCACGUUCCCCUACUCCAAGGACCUGUCGGCACGGGGCGGGCUGGAGAUGAGCAAUUCGCCUCUGUUCAACGUCUUCGGGAACGACUUCGGGUGGGGGAGGCCCCUCGGCGUCCGUAGUGGCUUCGGCGCCGACGACAAGUCGGACGGCAAGGCCACGGUGUUCGAGGGGCCGGAGGGGGGAGGAAGCAUGUCGCUGGAGGUGUGCUUGGCGCCGGACGUGCUGGAGAGGCUGCUCGCCGACCACGAGUUCAUGGACGCGGUCACCCUUCCACUUCCACUUCCUGCGUGACCACUCUUCUUCUGCGUCGGCAACCACUGUUUUUUUCCCAAUAAGUCACUCUUCUUCAGUGGCAACCCCUGUA